CAAUAAACCCGCCGUAAACACCGUAGAAGAAGUACAAGAUGACUAACUAGUCAAUAAAGAAGACGUCGCACUUCUCAUUAGCUUUGGCUUUGUAAGGAGCUGAUACCUGGAAACAAACCUUUGGAUUAAAGUUCACACGUCACUGCUGCAGUGUGAUGUAGGAGACAUGUCUCUCCAGGUGGUGCUGCAGCAGAGGAUCACCUCUGCUCAGGUGUUACUGCAGAGGGCGGAGCAUCUGUGUCCAGGGGUGGAGGGUCACCAGAAGCUGUGUGGAAAGCUGCGGGCAGAGUUGCGCUUCCUGCGGCGGGUGGAGUCCGGAGAGUUGCAGGUCAAAGAGUCACAUCUGCACAGCACCAACCUGACUCACCUGACGGCCAUCGUGGAGUCGGUGGCAAGUCUGGAAGACGUGGUCGCCCUACUACAUGUCUUCACCUACCUGGACGCUGGUGGCCACAGGCAGACGCUGGUGGUGGACGUGGUGGCCAACGGGGGACACACCUGGGUGAAGGCAGUGGGAAGGAAGGCGGAGGCUCUGCACAACAUCUGGCAGGGGCGGGGCCAGUACGGGGACAAGAGCAUCAUCAGCCAGGCUGAGGACUUCCUGCGGGCCAGCCGGCAGCAGCCUGUCCAGUACCGACACCCCCACAUCGCCUUCGCCUUCUACAACGGCGUCUCAUGGCCGAUGGCCCAACGCCUCAAGGAAAUGGACAUCGCUGUCAGAGGGGACAUUGUGGCCGUCAACAACGUGACACUGGAGGAGGAGGAGGAGGAGCAGCAGGAGGAGGAGCGUGCUAAAGAUAACGAGGAGGAGCCCGCUGAAGAUGAGGAGGAGCCAGCUGAAUAUGGUGACGAGGAGGACGAGGAGGAGGAGGAGGAGGAGCUGACCCAAGUUGACCGGGGAACAGUGGUGGCCAGCUUGGCGUUUCCCGCCCAGGUGAAGGUGGAAGAGUGUCGUCGCGUUAACCUGGACAUCACCACGCUCAUCACGUACGUGUCAUCGCUGAGUCACGGGCGAUGUCAUUUCUCCUUCCAGGAGCCCGUGCUGACGGAGCAGGCGACCCAGGAGCGCCGGCUGCAGGUUCUGCCACUGUUGGACGACUUCAUGCGAGGAAAAGAGUUGUUUGCCUGCCGCGCCGCCGUCCGCGACUUCCAACUGAUUCUGGACACGCUGGGGGGGCCGGGCGAGAAGGAGCGCGCUCAGACGCUGCUCGCUCGCCUCCAGCUGGUGGACGACCGGCCGUCGGAGCGCACGCUGUGCCUCACGCACACCGCCAAGGUCAACGAGCGCUCACUCGCCAUCUUUGGCACCGGAGACUCGCUAAGGGCUGUUACCAUGACGGCAAAUAGCCGAUUUGUCAGGGCAGCGGCCAAUCAGGGCGUCCGAUACAGCGUGUUCAUCCACCAACCGAGGGCCCUGACCGAGGGCAAGGAGUGGAGGGCCACGCCCAUAUGAGGACUUCCUGUGCAGGGGCAGGAUGGGAGUUAUAAAUAAAUCUGAUCAGCUGACCGUUAAGUUUGUGGAAUGACAUCAGAAUAAAGCGACAAACUCAC